AUGUCAGAAAUAGAACAAAUUGAUAUUAGAACAAGUAUAGAUUCCUUAUACAUGCUAUAUUGUACUUCAUUACUACCGUUGGUAAUUUUAGGUAUUGCAUUUUUUUAUUCUGGUUUAACUCAAAGAAGAUCAUCAUUAACUAUGUUUUCAAUACCAUUUUUAAUAUGUCCCAUGAUUAUUAUUGAUUGGUUCAUAUGGGGUUAUUCAUUAACAUAUUCUACUUCAUCAAAUCAUUAUAUUGGAAACUUGUCAUUUGCGGUUUUAAGGAGUCUUAAACAUCAAUUAAAUACUCAAUUUACAAAUUCAAGAGGUUCAAUUUUACUACUUAGUCAUUUUUUAUUUAAUAUGUUUUUUAAAUUAAUUUGUGCUGCUUUAACAUUUCCUGGCUGUAUUGCAGAAAGAGGAAGAAUAUUACCAAUGUUAUUAUUUUUAUUCAUUUGGUCGGUUAUUAUUUAUAAUCCAGUUACAUAUUGGUUUUGGAAUGAAAAUGGUUGGUUAUCUGUUGAUUUAAACAAGUUACCUGUUUUAGAUUUUGCUGGUGGGAAUUGUGUUCAUAUAGUUUCUGGUUUUACAUGUUUAGCAUAUUCAUAUAUUCUUGGACCAAGAAAUCCAAAAAUUUUAUACAAUUAUAGGAAUUUAAAUACUAGUCAUAUUAUAAUUGGUAUGUCAUUUGUUUUAUUUGGAUGGAUUGGAUUUAUGGCUGGUUGUGAAUUUAAAUUUAGUUAUCGUUCAUUAUUUAUAAUUACAAAUACAAUAUUAGCUGCUACGUCAAGUGGAAUUAUAUGGACCGCUAUUGAUUUUUGGUUUAGUUCAAUUCCAUUAGAAGGUGAAUUACAACCAAUAACAUCUGAAGGAUCAAAAUUAGAUCCAGUUAUAUCUGAAACUGGUGUAUUAAAAAGUCAAAGAUAUCAUGAAACAAAAUCAAAUUUUAUAGAAAAGAAGAAAUUUUCAAUGAUUUCAUUUAGUUCAGGAAUAAUGGCAGGAUUAGUGGUAUUUACACCUGCUGGUGGUUAUAUUUCUUCAAAUGAUGAAUUUUGGAAACCAAUUGUAUUUGGAGUUGUUGGAGCUAUAAUUUGUAAUAUAUCAACAAGAUUAAAAUAUUUUUUCCAAAUUGAUGAUGCUUUGGAUAUUUUUGCGAUUCAUGGAGUUGCUGGGAUUGUAGGGUCUUUAUUAACUGGAUUAUUUGCAAAUAAAUCAUUUGGUUCUGAAGGUGGUUGGAUUCAUCAUCAUUGGAAACAAUUUGGAUAUCAAACUUUAGGGGUUGUUAUUACAAGUUGUUAUGUAUUUAUAAUGAGUUUAUUUUUUUUAUAUUUAAUUGAUCUAAUACCUGGUUUACAUUUAAGGAUAGAUAAAAAUUUUAAUAAAAGAGAAAGAGAAAAGGAGAAAGUUAAAGAAGAAGAAGAGUCACAAAUUAAUGAGACUAAAGUUGAGUUUUGGGAGCAAGUUGAAUUACAAGGAACUGAUGCAUAUGAGUUCAAUGGAGAAUUUAUGAUGGAUUUUAUAGAGUUUAUAAAAGUUAUACGACCGCAAGAUUAUGAAGAUGACACAUUUCAAGAAGUUAUAGAAGGUAAUUUUAACACAAGUUACCAAUCUCACGAAACAAACUUAACUAAAAGAGAUUAA